ACUGAUUUUCCUGCAGGGUUGUACCGGUACCGAUUAGGUGACGUGGUGGAAGUCACCGGAUUCCACCGAGGGACCCCAAAAUUGAACUUCAUAUGCCGAAGAAAGCUAAUUUUAACAGUAAACAUCGACAAAAACACGGAGAAGGACCUUCAGCUGGUGGUGGAGCGGGGUGCCCAGCUGCUGGGCCGGGCCGAGCUGGUGGACUUUACGAGCUGCGCUGACGUAGUGAACCAGCCGGGCCACUAUGUCAUCUACUGGGAGAUCAAGGGGGAGGUGGAGGAGGCGGUGUUGGGGGAAUGCUGCCGAGAGAUGGACGCGUCGUUCGCCGACCACGGCUACGUCGUCUCACGGAGGACCAACUCCAUCGGACCACUGGAGCUUUGUAUUGUGGAGAGAGGGACCUUCCGGAAAAUUCUGGAACAUUUUAUAGGGAAUGGGGCGGCUCUGAGCCAAUUCAAGACGCCUAGGUGUACAAGUGAUAAGGUGCUGUUGAGAAUUCUUGAUCUUUGCACAAUUAAGAGGUUCUAUAGUAUUUAAUACUUAUAACUCUUACCACUUAUUAGCCCUAUAUAUUACACUUGCAAAUGUGAAUGUAAGGGUGUUUGUGGUGUGGUUUGGUUCGGAUUUUAAUAUUUGUUAAACCAAUCUAAUUUAAUCAAUUAAUAAAAUUUUU